AAGAAUAUUAAAAAGAAGAAAGAAAAAGACAGAAACGCGAGCGAGGCUGAGAGGGGGUUGGGUUCGGUGAGGCGGUAGCGGGUGGCUGUGGUCUUUAGCCCUUCUUUCUAUCUCCAAUUUAAAAAGCGCACACACAUCGCAUAAAUUCUUUCUUCAUCUGAUCCUUCUCGGAACCUUCAAUCUUCCGGUGAUCAAUUUCUUCCGCCCCACGCAUCUCGCAAUCCACACUCCAAUAUUCAAAUCAACAAUUUAAAAUCAAGAUCAAUCGUUUCAAACCCUAGAAUCCCAAUCGAUCCUUCUCUCUAUCUCUCCCUCUCUACUUAUUGCAGUAACCUAACCUUGUGUCGUGAUCCGGGCACUGGAAUUAGGGUUUCUUGCUUUUCGCGUUCGAUAAUCAAGAGAAGAGAGUGAAGAAGAGAUGGAUGACUGUUGUGCCGUCUGCGCUGAGCCUUUGGAAUGGGUUGCGUAUGGACCCUGUUUGCACCGGGAUGUGUGCUCCACGUGCGUCGCUCGCCUCCGUUUCAUCUGCGAUGAUCGUCGUUGCUGCAUCUGCAAGACCGAAUGCAACAUCGUUUUCGUUACCAAGGCUCUAGGUGAUUAUACGAGGAUGAUAAAUGACUUUUCGGCCCUUCCUGUGGAGGUAAGGGAGGGCAAGGUUGGAUCAUACUGGUACCACGAGGAUACAAAUGGAUUUUUCGAUGAUGUGGACCAUUACAAGAUGAUCAAGGCCAUGUGCAGGCUUUCUUGCAGUGUAUGUGACAAGAUGGAGGAGCAACCACAGGAUGCAUCAAGGAGGCGAGCAAAGUUUAGGAAUAUAGGGCAGCUGAAGGGUCACUUAUUCCAUCGUCAUAAGUUGCAUAUGUGCAGUUUGUGUUUGGAGGGAAGGAAGGUUUUUAUAUGUGAGCAAAAACUAUAUACUAGAGCACAGUUGAAUCAACACAUAAGCACAGGUGAUUCUGAGGUGGAUGGAAAUGAGAGUGAGAGGGGUGGUUUUAUGGGGCAUCCCAUGUGUGAAUUCUGCAGAACCCCAUUUUAUGGGGACAAUGAACUAUACACGCAUAUGUCCACGGAACAUUACACUUGUCAUAUAUGCCAAAGGCAGCAUCCUGGGCACUAUGAAUACUAUAAGAAUUAUGAUGACCUAGAGAUCCACUUUCGUCAAGAGCACUUUUUAUGUGAAGAUGAGUCUUGCCUUGCUAAGAAAUUUGUUGUUUUUCAAUCUGAAGCAGAGAUGAAGAGGCAUAAUGCUAUUGAACAUGGAGGGCGUAUGUCACGAUCAAAGCGUAAUGCUGCUCUUCAGAUACCAACUAGCUUCCGAUACAGACAUGGUAAUGAACAUGAUCAACGCCGCGGAAGAGGUCGUACAUUUCGUCGUGAUUUUUCUGAAAAUCAACUUUCUAUGGCCAUAGAGGCCAGUUUGGAGACAGCUAAUGCAGAGCAAACGUUUCGUGAUCUCCCGACAUCAAGUACUGGGCAAGUUGCUGUUGAUGAUGAGAAUGCUGAUAUUGAUUCUAUCAUUCAGCCGUUUGAAUCAUUAGCUACAGCAGGUUCUGAAUCAUCUGCAAGAUACCUUCAAGCCUUGGGGCAAAACUCUAGGAGUGCACCUCUGGAAGAUUCUUCCUUUCCGCCACUUCCCAUAGCUUCCAGCAAUGGUCAGCAAAGGUCCAACCAUGAAUUGGAGGGUUCCGCUGGUAACACUAUGGCUGCACGUUUACGCCGGCAUGGCAAGAGAAAUGUUUCUGUUAUUAAUGUUGGGAAUGCUUGGCCAGCAGCAGGUCGUGGACCAGUACAAUCAUCAAGUAAUCCUUCACAAUCUAAACUGUCAAUAAACAACGCUCUUGGAGGGUCUCGUAACUCUGGUCAGGUGAAGACAGUAAUUAACAGUGGACUUCCACCAUCAACUUAUGCUGGUUCUAUUCAGGCUACACAGAGAACUGCUGGUUCAUUGAGGGACGCACGUGACAAUGGCAGAAUUGUUCACUCUGCGUCUGCUCCAAAUCUCGUUGAGAGUAACUCUGUUGAAGUUUCAAUUUCAGAUUUUCCUCCAGUUUCUUCUGCACAGGUGAGUAAGUUACCUGCGAGCAGCCAAUCUUUAUUGAACGUGGAAAAUGUUCAGUCUGCAAACAAGACCUUGGUUGAAAAGAUCCGAGGUGCGCUUGAUUUUGAUGAAGAAAGAUACACUAUAUUUAAAGACAUAUCUGCCCAAUAUCGCCAAGGCACAAUAGAUACAGGUACAUACCUUGACUAUGUGCAGCAGUUUGGCUUGUCUCAUCUUGUGCUGGAAUUGGCAAGACUGUGUCCAGAUACUCAAAAGCAGAAAGAGCUUAUUGAUGCUUACAACACUAGUUUGCAAAAGAAUGCUUUACAAGAAAAUGGCGGGGUUCGAGGUAGCAGUAGCAACCAUCGCAAAAACAGUAACGUAAACAAGAAAGGCAAAGGUAAGUCUGUAGAUGGUAGGGGGAGUAACUCGACCGAGAAAUUAGCAGAUAACUUUCUAAGCACUGUACAUCAACUACAGGCAGGUUAUAAAUCUUCAGAAGAGAAGGUGGAAGUGCUAUCAAGGGGUGAUUACCGCAGUGACAAAGGCAAAUUAACAAUCGAGCAACAGAUGGAUACAAACUCAGGUAGUCAACCCGUGCUAAAGCUUAGUGGGCAGACUGAAACAUCAAAUGACAGUUUAUCUAAUCAAAAUAGAGAUGAUGGGGGUGGUGGGAACAAACAACGCAAGAAAACUUCCAAGUUCCUGAGAGUGCGUCUUGGUGACGGUUCUGCUUCGGCUCUUCUUGAUCCUGAAUCAAAUUCUGGAACAAUUGAUAGUUCAGAAGGUAACAAAAAUGACUCCGGAGGAGGGCCUCCUGUGCGAGGUGUUUGGCGAAAUGGGGGAGGUCAUAAACUCUUCUCUUAGUUGUUCUCCGUGGAUUUGGAACGUGAAUAUCAAACGCAGUUGAACUGGCUGGCAAAAGCCCUGGUUGAACUGUGUAAUAUAAACAUGGAUUCGGUUUUAGCCUCUAAAGAGUAAUGAUUUCACCGUGUCGAAUUUAAGUUAGAUUUCCAGCAUAUCAACCUGGAUAUGUACUUUGUCGUUGUGCUGAAGGCCGAAUGCAAUGGGCUCCUUUUUGUUUUGGUUUGAGAUAUAUAUUUUGAGUUUUAUUUUUGAUCAAGGGCUCACAUGAAAGUAUGUCAAGCCAGGUGUGUACUGUUUGUACGCAACAUGUGGCACUUUUUCUUGCGUGGCGAUUUGUGUAGUCUCAUAGUUCUUCUGCAAUUGUAUUCCCUUCUGCGGCCGGGCCAGGUGUCGGCUGUUUUGGGCUGUCUGGAUUAUUUUUAAAAUUCAGUAAUAAACAAAAUAAGGGUAUGUUUAAUCUAUAUUUUAGAACUGUGUUUAGAAGAAUUCACGUUGAAAGAAUCAAU